AUGUCUGGGGCUCCUAAUCCAAUGGCCCUUUCUACUGAACCAGUCUUGGAUAUGAUUAUUAAGGCAUAUAGUGCAUGCAAAAGCCAAGAUAUCCUUCCAAUCCAUUCGAUUGCACAGUAUGUGUAUCGUCAUCUAGAUGACUGGGGGACGCUCGAAGGCAAACUGAACGCCAUGACCUUUAUCAUCGCCCCAAUUCUCCAAGAGAUCUUAAGAGUACCAGAUCGAAACAAGUUCAAAUGCCUUAAUGCCUCUUAUCCGGUUGGAAGAACCAGGAAGGUAGCACUUGAAACAAAAUCCAAGGGCGCAGAUCUGUUACGACUGGCUGUAUUCACAAAGGACGCGCUUGAUCUCUUGUCUAAUGAGCUUGAGCAGGACUCACCAAUCUUAUCCUUCCAGUCCAUUAGCCAUGUUGUCACCUUUUAUUUAGGCGCAAAAAUUGAUAACACUAUUGUCCAUACUCGUCUCUCCGAGGUUAACCUGCCAUCCCUAAUUACAGAAGUGAACCUUGAUCAAGGUGAUUUCUACCAUUUAUUCCAGGCAGAAACAUUGGUGCAAGUAACCAGUGAUCGACUACAGCGAAAGAGGAACAAGCCCUUAGUCGACACUCCAUUUCCAACACUUGCCACUCUACAGCGUGAUGUUGCCUUGGGAAUAAAGCGCAAAGUUAAGUAA